AAAAUUUUGCUAAUUAUAAUGUUUUUUAAUCUGGCGUAGGGCAAAGUUUGAUCGAGUUUUAUAAUUUCAAAAUUUUAAUAAGUCAUUUAAAUAGUGGCGUUAAAAUAAUUUUGUUUUAUUGCCUGCAAAUAUGGAGCAUUUUUAAUCGCACUACCAGAGAGUACCGCAACCUGCGCUGCAUGACUGCUUAGCGGUGCAGCAUUUCUUUCAUUGCCAGUUAAAGACAUAAAGUGGUAAUAAUUUAUAUUUGACAAAGAUUCUAAACCCGGCCUCAACAUCGUUGAAAAGAAUGAAAACAAAAAAUAAAAAAAGGCAAGGCUGCUGGUAUUUUGAAUAAAAAUACAAAAUACAGAAACUCUUUUAGCAAAUGAGUCAAACAACAUUUUCAUAUAAUGUGAUUUAUCCAAUAAAUUCAUGGGCUAUGAGCCCAAAGAUUUUUUCAGCACAUUCAAAGCAACCUGCCAAAUUUUCUUGCACUUUUAAUAUAGAAUAACAAUACAUAUUAUUUAAGUUAUAAUAAAACAACAAAAUACAAUUUUAUGACACUGCGGCUUUCAUCAUUUCCGAUAUUUGACAAAUCAGUUCAGCCGCGUGCGUGAGCGCUACAGUCACGCUCUCAUCGGAACUGUCCUGAAUUCAGCCAAAAACUAGCUCGCUGUGCGACCACCACAGCGGCAUUGCAUUAUAUUCAGGAUGCGCAAAGCCAUCAUUUAAAAAGUUUCAUUCGUGCCCAACGCAAAUAUUUGAGCCACGACUACCUGAUCCAUAGUGCCAUAAACUUAAGUACAGGCCAUCACCAUGAGUAUUUUUUCCUCGGAAAAAGCCAUUUUCCUUUUGGGAAUUAUGAUUGGAAGUUUCACAUCAACUGCUUUUUACACAAACUGUUUCUGGCUGUUUGGUGAAAACGAGAGAAUGUUAAACAAGUUAAAAACUGACAAACAAAAGGUUGCAACGAUCGCUCGCAAAGAUGUUGAAGUUAAUCUUAAAAAAUUGGAACAUGCGGCCACAAAUAUUAAAGUUCAGCAACUGAGCAAUCACCAGCGACUUUUCUGUUGGGUCAUGACACAUCAAAAUAAUCAUCAAACUAAAGCAUCAACUGUAAGAGCCACGUGGGGGCGAUUCUGCGACACAAUUUUGUUUAUCAGUGAUGGCCCUCAAGAUAUAAAUUUUCCAAUUGUUCAUGUUGAUGCUCCAAAUGGCCGUUCGGGUCUUUGGCACAAAGUUCGAGCCGCUUUCAGACUCAUCCAUGAGAAGCAUGCGAAUAAGUUUGACUGGGUUUUGAAGGCCGACGAUGACACAUUUGUAAACGUUAAUUCGCUGAAACAGCUGCUGGCAUCGUACAACCCUGAACACGCUCUCUUUUUUGGGGAGCCUUUAAUUGGACAUGGUUCAGAAAGCGAGUACAUGGGUGGAGGAAGCGGAUAUAUCCUGAGCAAGGAGACUUUAAAACGAUUCAUUCGUCUGUUGGAUGAUCCCAGAAGUGACGGUCAAGUUGGUUGCGACCGAAAUUCAGCUACCUCAGGCGAAGACCCUUUAAUUGCCAGGUGCCUUUACAUGCUGAACGUCACCGGCGUUGAUGGACGGGACUGGACGGGAAUGAAUAGGUUUUCGCAGCAUUCUGGUCCCACAAGAGGCGGCGGCUGGAUCCAGGAAGAUUUCUGGUACAAGAGAUUUCAAAAAUACACAUCCACAAUGAAAAAUUACAAUCUGGGCUGCUGUUCUAGUGUGUAUAUUUCAUAUCACUAUGUACAACCGCCAAUGAUGCACCAGUUCCAGUACCUGACUUUCAAAGUCAACCCAAUCGACACAAGCUCAGUUGUAAGGAGAGCGUAAAAUGAUGGAAAGCACAAAAUAAAGAUAAUUAUUUAAUACUUUUUAUGUUAUUGGGUAGGAGUAAAAAAUGAAAUAGUGUAAAUAAUUUAACUAGAUUAUUCACAUGCACUUCUCAAGUCGUUUGGAGUCUCAAAUUUUGAUUUUUUAACUGGAUAUUCCCAAAUUUCAAGCAUGAUUAGAAAUUUUAUUAAUAAAAAAAAAUAAUAAAUAAAAAUCUCAAUGCAGAGAAAUCAAGAAUCAACUUUGAUGUUUUGACCAGUUUUGACCUUUACGGAUUCAAACUCAUUGUAAAAUUCCAAAGCGCAAAAUGGAACUUCCUCUCUUCUGGCUGCAUUUUAUACUUUUUCUAUUUUUUUUUAGUUUCACCUUCAAGCGCAUUUUUCACUUAAAAACUGUAAUGGGGAAUACCCAAUAAUUAUACUGUCGACCCUAAUUAAAUGAAUCUAACGUGUCGGUAUUCUCAAUGUCAAUACCAUAAAAAAAACUCUGAUUAUGUUGUGCAAAGAUGAUCUUCUGAUAAUAUAUGUUCUCCUUGGUUAAGGUUAAUAAUUGCAUUCUAUUUAUUAAAUUAUGGUGUGCUGACUGUUUCUAAGUCAAUAAUUAUGCAACUGUUUCACUGUUUUGAGCUGUUUGAAUUUAAAAGGUGCGUAUGAAAGAAAAAUAAUUUUCAUUAAUUAAUUUCAUCUUUAGCGACAAAGAUCUGCAUGCCUAUUAUUUAACUUAUAUAAUUCAAUACAAUUUGAAAAGUCAACCCAAAUGAAUAUCUUGAGUGAGUAA